AUGGCGGCGGCGGGCAGCCUGCGGCGGGCGGGCUGGAGGCUGUGGCGAGGCCGUGCGGUGGUCAGGUGGCAGCUGUGCCCCCCUCAGCGUGCUCUCCAGGCCUCAGCUGUGCUGAGGAGAAGCUCUGAUGAGCAGAAGAAGGAACCCUUUGGGCCUUCCUCUCAGUUUGAUUUGCAUCCAAACGAUUACCAGCCGGAACAGGAACCUCAGGGCCCUCACCCCAGUUACACUGGCCAGGGGGGCCAGGAGUCUGAGGACUAUGAGAGCGAGGAGCAGCUGCAGCACCGAAUCCUCACAGCAGCGCUGGACUUUGUGCCCGAACGUGGCUGGACUGCAGAAGCCAUUGCAGAGGGAGCCAAGACCCUGGGUCUCUCAGUAGCUGCUGCAGGGAUGUUCCACAGUGAUGGGAGUGAACUGGUCCUGCACUUCGUGUCUCAGUGCAACACCAAACUGUCUGAGCUGCUGAAGCAGGAACAGAAGCAAGUGCAGCUGGGUGAAGCAGAGAGGAAGCCUAUAGAUCAGUUCCUGAGAGAUGCUCUGGAAGCCAGGCUGAGGAUGCUGAUCCCAUAUAUUGAGAAGUGGCCCCAGGCUCUGAGCAUCUUGCUGCUCCCUCAUAACAUCCCUUCCAGCCUCAACCUCCUCACCAGCAUGAUUGAUGACAUACUGCACUAUGCUGGAGACCAGGCCACAGAUUUCAACUGGUACACACGGCGGGCUGUGCUCACUGCCAUCUACAACACCUCGGAGCUGGUGAUGAUGCAGGAUUCAUCCCAGGACUUCGAGGACACUUGGCACUUCCUGGAGAACAGAGUAGCUGAUGCUAUGAACAUGAGCAACACAGCUGAGCAGGUACAGUCAACUGGAGAAGCAGUUGUGCAGGGCCUGAUGGGAGCUGCAGUGACUAUCCGCAACCUGGUGGGGCUGAACCAGCGCCGGUGAUGAGUGAGCCGAGGGCGCGGAGCCAGGGCUGGCCGCAUCCGACCCUUCCCCGGCACCAAUAAAACCUCA